UAAAGUAGCGCGUGAGGAUUUUAGCACCAUAAUUGGCUCAACUCCGGAGAUUGUAGUCUACAAAGGAACAAUGAAGGAUGGACCUGAGGUUUUUGUCAUAUCAUUAUGUGCCUUUGAAGGUUAUGAUCUGGCAAGGUUGAGUCAUGAGAACAUAGCAAAGUUUCUGGGCUAUUGCAGAGAGAGUGACCCAUUCUCGAGGAUGUUACUCUUUGAGUACGCAUCAAAUGGGACCCUGUACGAGCACCUACACCAUGGAGAAGAGGCCCAAUUCUCUUUGCUCAAACGAAUGAAAAUAGCCAUCAGCAUCGCCCAAGGUUUAAGGUAUCUGCACACCGAGUCGCAGCCGCCUUUCGCUAUAUCAGAGCUGAACUCCAAUUCAGUAUACGUUAUAGAAGAUUCUACCCCCAAGGCUGACGACGUCGUCUACUGAAGCCCCACC